AAAAAAUGAUAACUCCUCAAUUACAUUUGUUGGUCUGAGAUACUGAAAUAUGACUUGAUAACACUCAUCUGUGUUCUUCUGUAAAAUAUCUACUAGAUGAAACUGUACUCUUUUUCUUGUUGAAGAGGUCAGUUUCUUAUUCAACAUUAGCCGUUAAUUCCACCUUGCCUUGUCAUUUUGUUCUCGGGUUUGUAAAUUUUCUUCAAUAAGUACAGUCAAGUUUUUUUUUCUUUACAUAACCACACAUCUCACUUGUCCCAUUUUUUGGGGCAUUUCUGGAGGUUGUAAACUGUUAAAAUUGACAAAAUAAAUAAAAGAAAACUGCGCCCCCCUGUGGCCACAUUCUGUACUCUGAAGGUCUGUGUGAGGCAUGGGACGCACGCCUUACUUUCACGUGUCAAAAACGUCUUCUGUGAUUGGCCCAGAACGUGUCUAUUCCCGCAUUUGAUUCGUUGAAGAGCAUAGCAACAAAGCCGCCAUGUUUUUUGGAGAAGUCGACGAGAAACGUAGCUAAUUUACAGACACGAAUGCUUCGCAAAUCUUUGAUAUGAUGUGAAGCGUAGACACAUUUCGGUUUUCUAUCACGGUCCGCACAAUGUCUGACUUUUUCGGCGACUUCUAGAUGUUGUUCGGAGCCGUUUUUUGAGUCUCGGUCUGUCGUGGUUGUCCCCAGGCCGGUGGAGAUCAUGGAGAAAGUGGAGGCGUGUGAGGUGGUGAAAGAGGAGGUUGAGCGCUUCUGCAGCCAAAUGUCCACCCCAAAAAAGAGGAAGAGCAAAGCUCAAGAAGACACUCUUGAAAAACCCAAGAAGCCGAGGUCUGCCUUCCUGCUCUACUACUUUGAUGUGCACCAGACCAUGCAACUGGAAGAACUAAAUCGCCCACAGUCAGAGAUCAACAAGCGAAUCAGUGAGAGCUGGAAAAGGCUCAGUGUGGCUGAGAAAGCCUACUAUCUGGAGAAGGCCAAGUCUGAGAAGGAGGGCCUAGAUACAUCCUCACUCAGCCCCUCAAAAGACCUGCCAGGCUUCCGCAAGAUCCUCCCCAGAGCCAACUACAUUCUCUUGUCCAAAGGCUGCGCCUCAAAUCACCAGCUAGGUGCCUCUCAGUCGGAGGUGAGCGUGGAAUCUCUGGACCCUCCAUCUCAAGGAGGAUUGCCCACAGUCUCCCUUACCCAAGAGUCCAAGUUCACACCUCUAGUUUUGGCCGGUGAGGUGGAACUUUCUGAGUUGCCGGUCGCUGUUGAUGAUAUAGCAGAGGAAAAGGCGGCGGUGUCUAGCCCCACAGCCCUCCAAGGAAUCUCUCCUCUCUCCUCUUCGUCCUCUGUCUCAUCCGAAGCCCCAGCCUCCACGGUUGUUCAGGGCCCCACUGACCUCACAGCAAAUGGGGUCACACUGACAGGAAAUGAUACAAGUGCUGCGGGCAGUGGUUAUGGCUGGGCGAUGGAAACUACACAGUUGGUUGCCAUCAUACCUACCCAGAGGCUGGUGGAGGCCAAGGCAGGUGUCAGCUCUGUUGGCCCGGUGAUGAUGAUGUCAGUAGGAGCCAAAGUAGAACAAAGUGCCAAACCUUCAUAUAAAAUGUCUGUGAAGACAUACACCAGGAGAGGUCGAGGGAGGUGUCAGAGUCCGGGAUGUUCCUUUGUGUACGUCACCCGCCACAAGCCGCCAACAUGCCCUGAAUGUGGGAGCUACUUGGGUGGAAAAUGGAUACCUGCUGCAAAGAAGACGCAGGAGAAAGAAGCAGCAUCCAAGCAAGUUCUACAGGAAGCUAAAACCGAGGCCAAUGAAAGCAGCCAACCCAGACAGGUCCCUGCUCUAGAGGGGAAGGCUGAUGUCAGUAAAACAAACACCAGUGGGAGCAAAAAAGAAGGACGAGUUCAGUGCAGCUCCAGAAAGCAGCGUGCAGUUCCCACUGGAAAACCACCAGAGGGCAGCAGCACCAAGCCACAGGAACAAACAAAACAGUUGAAAGACAGUCCAAAAGGUGCCACAGUCCAGGGUCAAGACAGAAGCAACGCCACUGUUCAAAGGAAGCCUGUAAGACACAUCCUCCCUGCCUAUCAUACCACAGGCCGUCCCUUGUUUCAGAUCAUAACUGUUCCACCUAACAAAGAAAAAUAUCAGACUACAAACAAAAACCAAUCAUCAACUGCGCACAGCGAGAGUUUCUCGGGUCUCAAACCCAGCACUUUGAAACAGCUCGGCCAGACGGUCCAGACAACCACAGCCAAGAAGGAUUCUCCUGCCUCUGCAGGUGGAAGCCAGCCCAUGUCUUCACUGCCUAACGGGAGAGUGAAUAUUUUGUCGGUCGUGCCUUUCAAGCGGCACACUGUCUCUAGCUUUGACUUGGGGCUCUCCACUGCACGAGGCAGGGGUCGCUGUAAAAACCCAUCCUGUGACUAUAUGUACAAGAACAGACACAAGCCCUCAGUGUGCCCUACAUGUGGCUGUGAGCUGACCCAGAAGAACACCAAGGGAGCAAAGUCUGAGGCUCUGCUGGAUCCGUACCAGGCCCUGAGUCCUGCUCAGAAGGACAUGCAGCGGCAAAACACGCUGCAGCUACUCCGCCGUUUCCUGCAGAUUCCCGAAAGUGAGACUGAGCUUCAGGAAACGUUGAACCUCAUCCAGGAGCUCAACAAUCUCCAGAUCAUUUUGGUUCAACCAAGUCACCAGGAACACGAAGACGGCCCGGGGAUGGAGACGCUUGUUGAGACUGGGUGGCCUCAGUUCUAUGAAUCAGCAGCGACUCACUGCGGCCUGUGUAACUACCCUCUUUUCAAAGGAGGUCAGAGUACUGUAGCUGGACAGGAAGACUGCUGGCUGCUUACUGAGACGCUGAUCCAAACAGCUUCUCUCCAGCUCAAGGUGUGUCUCAACGUUCAGUGUCUGGCUCUGCACAGCUUCACUGACCUUCAUCCAGGUUUGUUCAACAUUGGGAACAAACUUCUGGUGAGUAUUGACCUGUUCCUGAAGAUCAGGGCAGAUAUCAAACUGGGUCAUGCCCCCGAUCAGGCAGCCAGGACUAUACUAGACCACAUCCCCAAUCACCCUGUCCAUUCACUGAGUCCAGAGGAGUUUACUCAAAUUCAAGAGCUUCUCCUGAGCGGCUACUGGGCCUUCGAGUGUCUAACGGUGCGAGAUUACAACGAUAUGAUCUGCGGCAUUUGCGGCGUUGCUCCCAAGAUGGAGAUUGCACAACGAUUCGCAAACAAUGUGCUGGAGCUCAAGAAUGUGGAGUUUACCUGGCCUGAGUAUUCAGUCUCGGACGAGGUACUCGUGGACGACUUCUGGCUGACCAUGGAGAGUGAGGCUAUUGAGCAGGCAGCCUUCCCCACCGACAUCCCCAUCACACGCGUGGAUGCUUCCAUCAUCGCCCCCUUCAUCCCCCCUCUUAUGAGGAGUCCCACUGUCAUCAACACAGAGAAAGACAAGGACUCUUCACACACACAGCCCCCCCCUGGAGAUUCAUCAACUUUGGUGCGUCUCAUUCAUGAUGGUCAGCUGAGACUGGAGAAUAUUGAGGACCACAGUGAGGACGAGCUGAGAACAAUACUGGGCGGCUGCGGGGCGAGCGUGACCUCAGGCUCCACUAAGAAUGAGCUGCUGGCUUCUCUGAUCUCCCUGUACACACUCGUUCAUGACGGCCUCUCCACCGCCCCACAACCGCCUCCACAUCACACUGGUGGCAAGCUGUCCAAGGUCUGCCCCCACAAGGUAGUUUGCGGCUCCAAGUACUUGGUGCGAGGAGAAACGGCUCGAGAUCACGUCGACCUGCUGCUGUCCUCCCGCUACUGGCCCCCGGUCUAUGUCAGUGACUGUGCCCGUCAAGUGGCGCUCUGCACCGACAUGCAGUAUCCAGAACUGGCAACACAGAUGUGGGGCAGGAACCAAGGCUGCUUCUGUGACCCCUUUGAAAAGCCAGAGUUUGUGUCAUGUGCUGAGCUACAAGACCAGCCGUACAGCGCUGACCUUUCCCUGGUGGCGGAGAACCAGCAGGUCCACCCCAUCACCAAAUCUUCCUCUUGCUGGCUGGUUCAUCCUCCGGGAGCCGAGCGCCCCCCGGCGCCCCCUGCUCCAGAGCAUCACUCAAUGUCCCUCUGCAGAGACCUGGAGCCCUAUGUCAGCCUGGUGGCUGAGCUGGAGAAAGAGAAGCAAGAGGAGCAUGAGGAUGAAGGUGCAGGAGUGAAGGAACGCACAGACAACGCUGAGGAAAAGUGCACCGACAAAUCACAGGACUGCUCCUCGGGGAGCUCCGCGCGGUGCCGACCUGUGGUUUUCAGCAACACGGCCUAUUACUAUCUGUACAACCGUCUGGUAGACUUCCUCACCAGCAGGGACAUUGUGAGCCAGCAAAUCAACCAGGUGGUGAAGGCCUGCCAGCCGGGAGAGGUGGUGAUCAGGGACGCUCUGUACCGGCUGGGAGUGGCACAGAUCAACACAGAGAAAGAGGAAGAAGACGGAUAUGGAAUUGAGGGACAAAUACAAGAGGAACGGGCCGAGACAUAUGAGGUCGUUCUGCCUGAAUUAGAAUGUUGAGGAAUGGACGGAUGAAAUAAACACCAGAGCAGGCAGAGGGAUGGACUGAGUGUCGAGAUAGCCGCAUGCAAAGAGAUAAUGGGAGGGACAACGACUGAGGGAGCCAAAAGUGCCAGAGUGUUUUAUUGUUGGUAGAGGACUAACCAGUGCAACAGCACACUUCAUCAGUUCAUACACUGCUGUGUAAAACAAAGAAAGUUUAACCAUUGACACAGUGAGUGUGAGAAUAAGUGUAAGUUAAUGUGGCGGAGAGACUGAAUGUACAAAAACAAGAGAUACACAAGUAGAAACAUGGAAAUCCGCUCGGCAAGUUCGAAGUCGAUCAGAUGAGCGGUUUAUCCAGAAAAUUCAAUGACAGAGAUUUCUGUAUUAAUUAGCAGGAUGGUGCCAAGAGUUGAAUGAAUAUAAGGUGUAUGCAAAGGUGAUAUAAUCUUAAAUCCUAAAUCAAUGCUUUCCUGUGACUUUAGGAAUGUAAACAGGAUUUAAAUAACUCAGCUCUAAUGAAUCUAAGUGUGAAUAUUUAACCAGGAAUAGUGUGGUGUAUUUAUUUGACACUCUUACCUCUUACCUGCCACCUGUUGCCUUUUGGACCGAUGAUUGCUUUUAAAAAGUGACUAUUAAAGUAAAUAUGUAUGUAUCUGUUCAUUGUACUGUAUUGCAAUGUGAUGAUGAACCUUGUGGCCUUUUGCUUUAUUUUACAUCAUCUUGUCAGUGUAGAUUGAUUUUAAGGAAGCUGAGCGUCUGGCUCAAAAAAUAAAUCACAGCAGCCAAGCUUUUUGUGUAGAUAAAGAAAAGACUGAAUCGUGUUGAAUGAAACUGCUGACGCAACAAAUAGACAUAAGGAAAUGAAUGACUUUGAAAUUCCGGUCAACUUCACUAUGUCUCCUCACAUUAACUGUUUCAAAAUCCGAGUAUUUAAGUUAAUACUUAAUACAAA